AUGGGUAUCACAAUCCGUCAAGCUACAAUUAAUGACAUCCAAGCGAUGCAAAAUGCCAAUUUACAUAAUUUACCAGAGAAUUAUCAAUUAAAAUAUUAUAUGUAUCAUAUUUUAUCAUGGCCACAAGCUUCUUAUGUAGCUACUACAUAUGAUGAAAUAAUAAAUAUAAACGAUCAAGAAAUAAAUCUAGAUGAAAUAGAAGUGACAGAUGCAAAAGGGGACGUUUCAUAUAUAAAUAAAGGUGAAAAAAUUAUCGGUUAUGUAUUAGGUAAAAUGGAAGAUGAUCCAGAUGCAAAGGAUAAAAUACCCCAUGGCCAUAUUACAUCACUAUCAGUAAUGAGAACAUAUAGAAGAAUGGGAAUUGCUGAAAAAUUAAUGAGACAAUCUCUAUAUGCGAUGUGUGAAUGUUUUAACGCUAAAUAUGUUAGUUUACAUGUUCGUAAAUCAAAUAGAGCUGCUUUACAUUUAUAUAGAGAUUCAUUACAAUUUAAAAUUGAAUCUAUUGAAAAAUCUUAUUAUCAAGAUGGUGAAGAUGCCUAUGCAAUGAGAUUAGAUUUGGAAUUAGAUAAAUUAUUAUCAAAAAGUAUAGAAGAAGAGGAUGAUUUAGAAACUGAUUUAAUAUAA